CACAGAGGUUUCCCAGGCGACUGCAUCGUGCUGCAACUCCUUCCUCCCACCACCCAGAGCUGCUGCAUUGCCAUGGCAGCCUCGAAGGAAAAUAGCAUCUUCCCUUCCCAUCCCUACCAUAUCCCUGGCUAUGACGGCUUCAUCCCUCAGUACAACUUCCAGUUCGGAGAGACCUUUGGCAGAACCACGUACCGCCUGCUGACCGACCCCACCAUUGCCCGCAGCCCCCGCGCUCUGCUGGCGCCGCUGAAGAAGCAGAAGUUCAUUGAGGACUUCAGCGGGACGAAGCACGGGGUCCAGGGUUACCUCCCCGGGCGCCCAGGGUACUUUCCCUAUGAGAGAGCUGGGGCUACAACGAGCUUUCCUGACCCCAUCCUCCAGCCCAGACUGCCCCGGCUGAAGCCAGAGCUGACAGAGGAAGAGCUGACCAUGAUGCAGAUGGAUCCUGAGCCCCGGGACCACCCCAGCGAGUACGUCCCGAGGACACAAGUGCUUCGGGAAUACCCCCGCAGUAUUCCAUGCUAUCCUGUGUCGGAAGGGCGAGAGUGGCUGACAAGAAGGUGUGGACCCGGCCAGCCCAGCGGCGCCUGGGCAGGAAGCGCACCACACGGACGGGUGAUAUUGCCACCACUGACCGAGCAGCCUGUGAGAACUGAAGGGGCCGAGGAGGAAGAUACUUGGUUGCCAAAAACGGAUAUACCAAAUGUGAUCCAGCAGAAAGUCAUUACAGGGUACGCUGGAUUCAUCCCCCGCCUCUCCUGGUUUCAUGGUGUGAACUACGUCCGGAGCGUGAAGGAAGCAAUGAAGGAAUUUGACCAACACCAGUUUAUGCUGAGGAACCCAUGUUGUAGCUUUGGCAAGAGAUAUCCCCAAAAUUACUGGCCUACCAAUAGAAUUUACACCAGUGCUGGACUGAUACCUUCCUACAUGGGCUUUGUACCAGAGCUCCGGAACACCUACGCGCUGACUUACGGAAGCAGCACCCGAAAGGCUUACCAAAAGGAACAACAGAGACGAGCUUGUGCACUGUGA